GUCGAGUCAGUUGUGGCCGAACAGUCGCGACGUGCGUUUCUUCCACGGAACGCUCACGGUUUUAUUCGCGGCACGUGAAUUUUAUAGCAUUCCGAUACCUACGUGUUGUUUGUUCCCAGUGAUGUGACACAGUCAAUAAAACGUGCUUCGAAUUGUUAUUGUUAGUUUAAACACUUAAAAAUAUAUCAUUGUGUUGUGAAAAAUAUAAAAAGCAGAUUUUAUUCUUUCGAUUAAUUAACAGUGAUGAGUGCUUUAAAUUGGCUUAAAUUUUAAUUGUCCACUCGUGAAAUGUCUUUGUCGGGCAGCGGACGUUCGCGCCGCCGGCGCAGCCUGCAUUUGCAACCGCCGGUCGAAAAAAAGAAGUCUCGCAAGUGUCUGCACUUGCUUAUUUCCUGCUGUGUGUUCUUCUUCAUUUUGAGCGCCUGUUUGAUAGCUGCACUCGUUUUCAUCGGCAAGCAUUUCUACUACAACGAUGUGCGAUUUCAAGUUGGUCCGGACGCGGCUGUAAGAGACAAUGAAGCCAAUUCCGCCGCGAUCAACGCAAAGAAGAUGAACAUGACACGCUUGCCGCGAAACGUGAUACCGUCGCGGUAUGAUUUGACCAUGCGACCACACUACGACGAUGGUGUUUUCGCCAAUUUCGACGGUUCGGUGAAUAUCACCGUGCGAAUUGUUGAUGAAAACGUAACUAGUGUAAUCUUGCACAGCAAGUUCAAUAAGAUUCGCAAGGUGCAGAUGCAUCAAUUGCACGCUGGCGGCGGCGGUGAGAGCCGUGUCGACGUGCACGAAUUUCGACUGAACGUGAUCGAUGAGACGCUCACCAUUUACCCAGGUCGCGAUCUCUACGUCGACGAGGUGUUCAAAAUUCACGUACAAUUCGAUGGGAAUUUACGCGAUCGCGUCGGCUUUUAUCGCAGCUCGUACUUUGAUAAGGAGAAGAAACUCAAGAGGUCGAUUGCGACAACGAAAUUCGAACCGACUUACGCGCGCCAGGCAUUUCCAUGCUUCGAUGAACCGAACCUGAAGGCCAACUUCAGCAUUCACAUUAUCAAGCCCAAAGACUCCGAUUACAUCGCGCUAUCUAACAUGCCCGUCAAAAGUGAGACUGAGGUUGAAAAUGGUAUCCGAGUGUCCUUUGAGGAAAGCGUGAAGAUGCCCACCUAUCUAGCGUGUUGGGUCGUCAGUGACUUUAAGUCGCGAAACGACGUGAUCACCUCGCCGAACUUCGCAGACAUUCCGUACCGUGUGUUUGCCACACCGGCGCAAUUGGCGAAGACCGAGUACGCUGCGUUUGUCGGCAAAAAGGUCAUGGAGUUCUACUUGGAUUACUUUCAAAUUCCGUUCCCGCUGCCCAAGCUAGACAUGCUCGCAAUUCCUGAUUACUCGUCCGGCGCGACAGAGCACUGGGGCAUCGUCACCUACAGGGAAACCUCGCUCCUCUUCGACAAGAACAUUUCAUCGUCUGUGAAUCAGAGGCGUGUUGCCACCGUUGUCGCGCACGAAUUGGCGCACAGUUGGUUUGGAAAUUUAGUUACAAUGGAUUGGUGGAAUGACAUCUGGCUAAAUGAAGGUUUUGCUUCCUACAUUGAAUAUAAAGGUGUUGACGCAGCUCAUCCUGAUUGGAAAAUGUUGGACCAAUUUGUACUUGAUGACCUCCACAAUGUGCUAAAACUGGAUGCAACAUUGGCUUCCCACCCGAUUGUUCAACAAGCGACCACCCCCGAUGAGAUUACUUCUCUGUUUGACACGAUAUCCUACAGUAAGGGCGCAUCAAUUCUACGCAUGAUGGAGAACUCCAUCAGCAAUGAAACUUUCCAACAAGGUGUCACCAAUUAUCUAAAGAAGUAUGCGUUUUCCAAUGCUGUUACUCAAAAUCUUCUUGAUGAGUUUCAAAACUUGGUCGCCGAUAAUCUUAAUCUGACCGAGUAUUUGAAUACAUGGACUGUUCAGAUGGGCUUCCCAAUUUUGAAUGUUGUGAAAACCGAAGAUGGUUAUUUCCGCCUAACUCAAAAACGUUUCCUGACUGAUCCCAAUGCUGUUGAUAACGCAACUACUCCGUUCAAAUACAAGUGGACCAUACCCGUCACGUACUUCACUGAUGAAGAUCCCGUGGAGAAGUUGGCGUGGUUUAAUCAUGCUGAUUCUCAUGUGGACAUUAAUGCUACUGGAAAAUUUGUCAAAUUCAACUCUCGCCAAGUUGGUUACUAUCGUGUAAAUUACGAACCAGAGGUUUGGAACACUCUGAUUGAAAACAUCAAUGAGUUGUCAAUCGCCGAUCGCGCUCAUCUUCUGGAAGAGACUUUCCGAAUUGCCGAAGCCAGCCAAAUUUCCUACGACAUUCCUCUAAACUUGUCUAAAUAUAUGCGCGAAGAAAUGGAGUACCUUCCUUGGGCUGUUGCGCAAACGAUGCUCACAGAAUUGAAGACUUAUUUGCUCUCGUCGAAGUCUUUCACCGAUUACAAACAAUAUGUGAUUGACUUAGUGAUGCCAGCAGUCAACAAUUACUCUUGGAACGAGACUGAAGAAGAUAAUCACCUAACACGUCUGGUACGUUCGAAAGUUCUGGCUCUUGCGUGCUCCAUGGAGGAACAAAGUUGUUUGGAGGAAGCGAGGAGCCGCCUGCAAAAGUAUCUUUACGAAGGUGUGAAACCAUCGCCUGACUUGAAAGACUUGGUCUACAAAUAUGGUAUGGUGAACGGUAAUAAGCAAGAUUGGGAAAAACUGUGGAACAAGUUUACUGAUGAAACGGAUGCUGGUGAGAAACUUUCUUUGCUGGCGGGUUUGGCUGCCAUUAAGGACGAAUCAUUAAUACAUCGAUUGCUCGAUUUGGCUAAGGAUGACACUUACAUCCGGAAACAGGAUUACCCUUCGGCUAUUUCAUAUAUGUCUAAUAAUCCAGUGGGAACUCAAAUUGUUUGGAUUUAUUUCCGAGAGAAUUGGAAUGUAUUAGUUGAUCGUUUCGGACUGAAUGACAGAUAUCUGCAUAACAUGAUCCCUGCCAUUACUGCCAAAUUCACCACGAACACCCAAAAAGAAGAGUUGUUGGCGUUCUAUGUGGCAAAUCCAGAAGCCGGAUCCGGUGCAGCAGCAAGAAAAAGGGCUCUGGAAACUGUUAACAAUAACAUUAAUUGGCUACGGCGCAACAAAGAAUCUGUUGAGAGUUGGAUUGAAAAUAAUAAACAUUGAGGUAAUGACAAUACGAGUCAAUGCCGCAUGUUUUCGACAUUAAGAAUUUUAUAUUGCCGAUGGCGUGCGAAAACAGUUUCUAUCAAGCAAAAGCCCAAUUGGUAUGAUUAUGGCUUCUUUCACUUGCAUUGUGAUGUUUACCCAGCCCAAAAAUGUAUUUUUAUAGUCUUGUAAUUUGUAUGAAUUGCAAUAUAAGUAUACCUAAUAUUUUAUUUAAAA